AGUACAAUGAUCCAGUCAAUUAUCUCUGCGGUCACUGGCGAGAAGUCAGAUCCUAGCGAUCUGCAGCUUGCAAACUAUAAAAAAUCAAAUAACCCGAAAGUGAUCAACAUGUCGAAUGGCUGUCCGAUCUAUGAUAAGAGAAAUUCACUUACUGUUGGACCACGUGGCCCACAGCUCAUGGAGGAUAUCGUUUAUCUUGACGAAAUUACCCAUUUCGAUCGUGAACGAAUUCCAGAGCGAGUUGUGCAUGCCAAAGGAGCAGGAGCUCAUGGCUAUUUCCAAGUUACCCACGACAUCACCAAGUAUACCAAAGCAAAUUUAUUCAACCAAAUCGGCAAGAAAACACCAGUUUUCAUGCGACUCUCCACUGUUGCCCUCGAAUCCGGAUCCGCUGAUACCGUUAGGGAUCCACGUGGAUUUGCUAUCAAGUUUUACACAGAAGAGGGCAACUGGGAUUUGGUUGCCAACAACACCCCAAUCUUCUUCGUUCGUGAUCCGCUCCAAUUUCCAAACUUUAUCCAUGUUCUGAAAAGAAAUCCACAAACCCAUCUGAGGGACAUGAAUGCGCUCUUUGAUUUCUGGGCUAGUCAUCCGGAAAGCACUCAUCAGGUGAUGUUCCUGAUGUCUGAUCGAGGAACUCCUGACGGCUUUCGUCAUAUGCAUGGAUAUGGAUCGCAUGCAUUCAAGCUGAUCAACGCUAAUGAUGAAGCAGUUUGGUGCAAAUUCCAUUUUUUGACAGACAAUGUCAAGAACCUCAUGGCAGAGGAUGCUAGACGUUUAGCAGGAGAAGAUCCGGAUUACUCUGUCCGAGACUUGUACAACGCCAUUGACAAAGGGGAUUAUCCAGAGUGGACCCUUCACAUCCAGGUGAUGACACUGGAGCAAGCCGAUAACUGGACAAUGGAUCCAUUCGAUCUUACUAAGAUUUGGCCACAUGCAGAGUUUCCUCUCAUUCCUGUUGGCAAAUUGGUCCUGAAUAGAAAUCCGGAGAAUUACUUUGCGGAGGUUGAGCAAGCAGCAUUCUCCCCAUCUCAUCUCGUCCCCGGAAUUGGCUUCUCCCCGGAUAAAAUGCUCCAGGGACGCAUACUCUCCUAUGUGGAUACUCAGUAUCAUCGACUCGGUCCCAAUCACAAACAAAUCCCAAUCAAUUGCCCAUAUCGUGCUCGUCCCCAAAACACACAACGUGAUGGUCUCAUGACCAUCGACAGCCAAGGUAACGCCCCAUCCUACUUCCCGGACAGUUUCAACGGGCAUGUCGAGCACAAGGAGAGAAUAGAACAUGUGUACAAUUUGCAUGGACAAGUAAAUCGUCAUGCUCCAAAUACAGAUGACGAUUUUGUGCAGCCAAGAGAGUACUGGAGACGGGUCUUGAAAGAGGAUGAACGAGAACGAUUGGUUCAAAACACUGCCGGUAUGCUGAAAGACGCCGCAUCAGUCGUUCAAGAACGAUUCCUCGAGAAUACGUACGCGAAGGUUGAUCCUGAUCUUGCUAGCAGAGUGAAGAAAGCGGUUGCAGCAUUGAUUUCCGCUAAAGUGGAAUUAGCUCACUCGAAUGUUUGAUGGCUAGCACGGAUGAAUCAUUUCUUUUUCUUUCCUGUAACAUAUGUAUACU